AUGUCUUCUCGCUCCGCCUGGCGAGCGCUGCACUACAGUGCGAAGCGCCGUGCCUUCCAGCCCACCACCCCCUACCGCUGCUUUUCCUGCACCCGUCGGGCCCAUGACCCAAAGUCGGACCAUGAGCGCAUGACACACUUCGGGUUCACCAAUGUGCCUGAAUCGGAGAAGGAGUCGCGAGUUGGCGCUGUCUUCAGCUCCGUCGCCUCCUCCUACGACACAAUGAACGACCUGAUGUCCCUGGGCAUCCACCGAAUCUGGAAAGACCACUUCGUCCGUUCGUUGAACCCGGGAUGCCCCGUCGCAAACCGCGAUGUGGAUGGCAAGACCAAGGGCUGGAACAUUCUCGACAUCGCCGGCGGGACCGGCGACAUUGCCUUCCGCAUGCUCGACCACGCAACGAACAUCAACCACGACCUGGAAACACGGGUGACGAUCAGCGACAUCAACGCCGAUAUGCUGGCCGAAGGCCAGAAGCGAUCUAUCGAAACACCCUACUACAAUACCUCGCGCUUGUCCUUCGUCGAAGCCAAUGCUGAAAGCAUGCCGCAUAUCCCCGACGCCUCGGUCGACCUCUACACCGUUGUUUUUGGAAUCAGGAAUUUCACGGAUAAGCAGGCUGCUCUCAAUGAGGCCUUCCGCGUUCUGAAGCCCGGUGGUGUUUUUGCUUGUAUGGAAUUCAGCAAGGUGGAUAAUCCGCUUUUUGAUGCCGUGUACAAGCGCUGGAACUUCAGUGCUAUUCCCCUUAUUGGUCAGGUUGUUGCGGGUGACCGUGAUAGCUAUCAGUAUCUGGUGGAGAGCAUUGAGCGCUUCCCGAGCCAGGAGGAGUUCCGGGGUAUGAUCCAGAAGGCUGGGUUUAUGAUUCCGGGCCGUGGGUAUGAGAACUUGACUGGUGGUAUUGCUGCUAUUCACAAGGGUAUCAAGCCGGUCAUCAAGUCAUGA